AUGAUACACGUCUACUUUUUAUCGAAUCUCAGAUCAAGUGCGAAAAAUUUAGCCAUUGUUGUAAUUUCAUCCGUAUCUAUUUGUGGUCAUCGAAAUAUUAAGUGCCGAUAAACAGUAUUGCCGAAGGAGAGCGAAACUAAGUCAUCAUAAGCGGAAGUACAAACCUAAUGUACUAUAAAUCUCGGACAGCUACUCAGAAGUUCCCUGUCAUAUGAGUGGGAAAAGUGCUUGAUGUUUGCUACGGUGAGUUGUCUAGGAAGAAAACUGUCUUAUCUAAUUCUCCCUCUUAUAAGAGUUUCCUCCGUACAUAAAUCUGACGUAUCAAAAUAAGCUACAGUAGUUUGAGCAGUGGUGCUCUAUUGGCUAUAGAUAGACGUUUGGCUUAUGGCUUAUGUAUUAGGUUACAGUUUCAAUAAUUUUGUAUUGUAAGCUUAUUCAUGACAAUACCUUCAAGGGUGUUAAUUCUCACAUUAUACCAAGUUGGAAAGAAGAGUUUCUGGACAAAUUCCCUUUGCAUUUUACACUUGUUAUAAACAAUAACCUGAUUGUCUACCAUUAAGCAUGUUAUUAACCCAAUCUUGCCAUUUAUAUCAAUACGGUCAUUGAUCUAUUAAAUGCCCGGGGCAUUUAUUAAAUUCUAGGGGUCCAAGAGGGGGUGUUUAAUAGAUGGGAGGAGUUUAAAAGAGAGAGGCGUUUAUUCUUGUAACUUUUAAUACAAUAUGCUUUUGGCCAAAAUAGUUUCUAUGUUAACAGAAUCUCAACUGUGCGCUGACGGCUUUUUCCCUCCAAGGUUUCUAAUUUAAUUUUUUUUUCUCUUUUGCUACAAUCAAGAGGGUACUUUAAUGAGUGCGCACCAAGAUCAAGAAAAUCAAAGAGCGCUAUCCUUACCUUGACCAUGAAAUUGAACAUGACAUAAUACACAAACCGAUGUUAAUCAAACAAUAAAAUUACUAAGUUGAUUGAUUUUGCCCUAUUUUGCCAUUUCCUUGUAUUUUGGAGCAAUUUUCUUGGGGGGGCAUUUGGUACAAACUUAACUGUGUAGGGAGGACGUUUAUUAGAUAAGAGGCAUUUACUUAAGAGUGGGCAUUUAUUAGAUCAUUUACAGUAUGCAUAUUCCUUACUCUGUUCCGCAUAUUUGAGCUCCAUUUUGGCAUAAUCAGGAUUGGGACUUUGACCAGUGUCAUGUCCUUGCUUGCUUUCACUUAUAUCUUGACUAUGAACUGCGUAUACUAUUCUCGAAUAGCAAGGCUAAGCGGCUCAGUCCCCCACCAUUACAUUCAGUUUUACAAAUUCAUAUUUAUAGCUUAGGGGGUAUUUAUAUGAGACCAGGAUGAACUCAGACUGGUACGAAUUUGUAAUUUUUUUAGCCGUUUACAUGAGACCAGGAAGAAAUAUGUUUGGUCAAUUAUAUGGAACGAGUACAAACUCAAAAACAGGAGAUUCUGGGAGCUAUAUAGCUUUCACAAGUUGAUUAUUUAACUUAUUAUAUUAUCUGUCCUAACUGGAGCACAAUUUUUGCCAAUGUAGACAGUGAGUAGUUGACCGAAGAGUUUACUGCUCCCAGAAAGUUAUAAGCUUUAUUUAAUGCUCAUCUGGUAGCCUGUUAAUAUUUACUGCACAGCAUCUCAAAAUGGUGCAAUCUUUCACAUUAAUCCAAGCCUUAUAUUCAAUUGAAGCUACUUCUAAGUCUUUCCAUAGUGUGUGUUCCUAUUUUUGCUAAGAAAAAGCAAAAAUGAUGGAGCCAUACAAAGAAGCAUGCUAUUUAUUGACCUGGUCUGAGAUUCGUUUCCGUUUUACAUGCAUGAGAACGGUACAGACUCAGACCGGUACGAUACGACCGGUACGACAUAACUCAUAACUUGAAGUCAGACCAGUCUAAGGUUAUUUUGAGGCCGGUCCCAUGUAAACGCAUGAAAAGAAUUGUAUGGAGACCUAUAUGAACUCAUAAUGGUUUGAGUUCGUCUCAGUCUCAUGUAAAUAUCCCGGCCUUAGUCCGUCUAUACUGGUUAAGUUUAUUGCCUGUACAGUAGAACCACACUUUAUUAUGGACACCUGCUUAAAUUAUGAGAACAUCCAUACAAAACGGACAGUUUCAUUUGUCCCAACAAAAAGCUGAUAUUUAUUCUCUAAAAUUAACUCGCUUAAUACCGACACCAGUUAAUAAGCACAGUGGACACUUUUCUGUGUCCCGAGUCACAUACUCUCAUAUAUCAUCAACCUUUCUUUAUGGACACUGGUUAUCGGCACAGUGUCUUAGACUUAAUAUCUUACCAAUGAAAACCUAGCAGAAACAGUGAAUGGCCUUUCAAACGUUCUGUCUCAUGUUCACUCCACCUGGCUGAGCCGCAAACUAAGAGUGUGAGGUUUCUUUGGGAUGAACUUGUUUAAGCUACAGAUAAGAAAUUAAACAAUGUUUCCUUGUAAAAAUGUCUGCUGUAGUCUUAAAACUGAUAAAAUAUUGUACGUGACAUUUCGUGGAAGAGCCCACGUAAUAUGAACACCUGGAUGCCUUGGUGUCCGUAUUAUCCGGUUUCCACUGUAUCUUUGUUUCUGCUGUGAUGUUUGCAUUACCGUUUUAUAGUUAUGGGUAGGUGGGAGAGGAAAUCAUGCCACUCUGUUGUCGUAAUGUUACAGUUAGUGGUAUCUUAGAUGUGCACAAGCACUUCUCAUCUAUUUGCCCGCCACGUCGUCUUGCCUGUUUCUUUGUCUGACAAUAAUCCUUUGUUUUAAGCACAUCCUACUCCCUAUUGUCAAGAAGAGAACUUUUAAAUCUGAAUCAAGGAAACCCUUACUUUCCGGAAUGAAGGCAGCACAGGAAAAAAUAACGGAUUCCCAUUUUUGGAUAUUUUUGGGUAUUUAAAGAAUACCCAAAAAAAUCCCAAAUUUGGAAGAGUGAGACAAGUCCCAAUCUGGGAACUUGGUUGGGAAUUCCCUGGUUGGGACUUGUCUCACUUUGCCAAAUUUGGGAUUUUUAUGGGUAUUCUUUAAAUACCCCAAAAUAUCCGAAAAGGGGAAUCCGUUAUAUUUUCCUGUGCAGAGUUCACAGUAGAUUUUCUAACAGAAGCCUAAAAUGUAAGACUAGGCAGCUGAUGGCUUAGCUGAAGAAAGGGAAAGCCAAACGUCUAGAGGGAUCCGGGGCAUUCUUCUUUAUUGAGGUCAUGCCACCCAGAAAUAGUGUUUUGCUUUAUUUUAUUUUUGUUUUAAUGAUGACCAUUGCCUUCUUCCCACAUGCCAGCAAGUUUUCCUUCUUUUAGCGAAAUUGGAAGAUAUCUUGCCUUCAGUAAAGUAAACACUGUGUUAAUUUGGUCCUAGAAAUUGACUCAUUUAAGUGUUCUUUUCUCAUCCCAUGAUUUUUUUCUGGAUUUAAUAUACAGUUAAGUCUUUAAAGUUGAAGCACAAAUAAUUUGACAUCAUGGGGCUUGUGGUGUUGCAUUGUGUGACUAUUUAAACCAUGAUAAAAACCAAACUUCCUAAAUCUUGUAAAAAAUAUCUUGAUUCUUAGCUUCAUUUUUGAAAGAAAUGACAUUAAUGCUAAGAUUAUGUUAAGAUCAAACUUUUAAUUCCACUCAAAGUUAUUUGGAGAAUUAUUUUUGGCUUAUCUUUGUGAUGGAAACAACUUGCUGCCAAGAUGUUGUUGCAACACUUUCAAUUGAAAGCAAAUCUAACAUAAACUGAUGUAUUUGCACACUAUUAAAUUUUCUAAGGAAAAAAGCCUUGAUGAACCAAAAAUGUUUCCAAAUCAUGUCCAGAAAAUAUGAAUUCCUUACAUCAUCAAUACCCCAGUACUUUCUAUCUCAGCAAGAUGACAGUCAGAGAUCCCUUUAUUGUACUUUUUUUUUUCAGGUGAUACAAGAAAUUAUAGAAGGUGGAGUAAACCAUUCCAAGAGUCAAUAAUGCCUCCACCUCCCCCUCCACCUCCUGGACCACCCCCUCCCCCUGCACCUAGAUCUGGUCCACCACCAAAGUCAUCUGGUAAACCUCAGGACAGGGGGGCGUUGUUGAGUCAGAUCCACAAAGGAGCAAGGCUUAAGAAAGUAGAAACAAAUGACCGCAGUGCACCAACUGUAGGAGGAGGUGAGCAAUCUGAUUCCCUGUUUGAGGGCUGUCACAUAAUCAGGGCUUCAAUAAGGGCUGGUAGCCGGCCAAAACCGCCGGCUAGUUAGCUAUCCUUAGCUGGCUGCUUUCAUCUCCUUCUACCAUAACUGCUAACAAAAAAUAUGCACCAUCGAAUAAAAUUUGUUAAGCCUUCAUUUCCCAGUUUUGAAUGACAUUGAACACAUAUUUAAACAGGUUUAGAUCUGUGAAAUGUUUGAACUGUGCGAUGUCGUGGAACGCCUGGGACAUUUCAAUGGCAUUGUUCCCAGUCUUGCAUGUAUUCUGAUGAAAGAACAUGGUGUCCGCAGCUGAAAAUACAUCUUGAAAACCCCUGGAAAUGGCAUUUCCGAGACUCAAAAUUUCAAAAUUUCAAGAACUUUUUCCUCUGGUGCAAGUUCCAAAGCUGCCUACUAUUCAUUAUCAGGCUGCUGCUUAAAAACUUUUUGACAGCCCUGAUAAUAGGCCAGUUUCAAGUUAUUAAAAUUCAUACUUGGCUGACCAAGGCUGAGGGCAAUAAAACAAAAGAAGUUGCAGUGAGAUUCAGGGAUGAACUGUUUCCGUUUUGUUUUCUGUUCCUCAGCCUCAAACCCAAGUACGAAUUUUAAUAAUUCAAAACUGGCUUCUUUUAAUCGAAUUCCCAUCAUAAGACCACCCUAAUCACCCUUAAAACUGUAAAUUCAAAAUUUAAAUUCUCAUAAUUUGUUGUCCCUAUGGAUGUAGCAGUGAGAAGUUGUUUAAGUAUCUAUCUAAUUCACACUGUGUGAUCAUAUUAAUUAUCGUUACCACUCUGUUUUUGAAAGUAUGUUACCACCAUGUUUCUAAAAUUAAUGGUAUAUUAUUGUAACUGCUAGACUGCCUUAGUCAACUCAGUAAAGAUGUUUGUAGAAAGGUCUUUCUGAGUAGUGCAUUGUAACUAGUUACUUGCAACACUUGUACAUCUAGCAGUUUGAUUUGAUAUUUGUCAUUGACAAGUAAUGUUUUUUUGCAGUUAAACCAAGCCCAAGUGGUGGUGGCGGUGGCAGCGGCGGCGGUGGUGGUGGUGGCGGCGGCGGCGGUAUGGGUGCAGCACCCAUGGGACUUGGUGGUCUGUUUGCUGGAGGAAUGCCAAAACUAAAAUCAGCGGCAGAAAGAGGCAGACCUGGGACAGGAGGUAAAUAAAUAAAAUAAUAACAAUUUAAAGUAGCACAAAGCAAGUAGAGUAAGUAUACUAAGCUGACAUUGAUUAUUUGCAGGAGCUAAAGGACCAGCCAUGAAACCUCCAGGAUUUAAACCACCUUCACCUAACACAUCUGGUACCUCACUGCCACCAGCUCCCAGUGGUAAUUCAAGACCACUUCCCCUACCUCCAGGCAGAGCAGCUGGGAUGGCACCCCCUCCACCUCCACUGGGAAACAAGCCUUCCUUACCUGACAAUUCAGCUCCUCCUCCACCCCCUCCAUUGGCAAACAAGCCAUCUUCUGAGAGCUCUAAGCCUCUUCCACCACCCCCGUCAGGAACUGGAUCCAGGCCAUUACCUCCGCCUCCAUCAGGUGGUCCUGUGAGAGGGCCACCUUCCAUGAGACAAGGUCCCCCUCCUCCUCCACCAGGAAGAGGAAAUGCACCACCUCCUCCCCCUCCAUCACAUGUUUCUGCCCCAAGAUCACCUGCACCCCCUCCACCCAUGAGGAAUGCCCCAAGCAUGCCUCCACCACAACCCCCUCCCCCAAGGGGAGGACCCCCACCACCUCCUCCAUCAAGGGGAGGGCCACCACCCCCACCUCCUAGUAGAGCCCCUCCACCACCAUCCUCCAGACCUCCAUCACAAGCUCCACCACCACCUCCGCCUAUGAACAAACAGAGAAGUAGUGGACCACCACCAAGCAGGGAAUCAGCCCCUCUGCCCCCUUUUCCACCCAUGGCAGGGCUAGGACCACCACCUCCACCUAUGAACAAACAGAGAAGUAGUGGACCACCGCCAAGCAGGGAAUCAGCCCCUCUGCCCCCUCCUUCACCCAUGGCAGGGCUAGGACCACCACCUCCACCCCCAGCAAGAGGAGGUACGGAGAAGAGAGGAGGGCUUCCACCUCCGCCUCCACCAACUGAUAGGUUGUCAAGUUCUAUGAUGAAUGGACCAACAAGGAACUCAAUGCCACCUCCGCCUCCGCCUCUGGCUCCAAGCCGUAGUUAUCCUGAAGGUAAGUCAUGACAACUCUUUCGAAGCUCUCCAACAGUUAAUUGAAGGAGUGCCCCAAGUGAUUGCUGAUCACUGUUAGAUUCUCCUCUUCAAUUUGCCUUGUUUAUACUUGCAAGACAAAGAGAGAAUUUGCCAUUUGAUCAGAGGUCUAUGACAGCGGCAGCCCUUCAUUUUAGAGGUGUCGUGAGAUAUUAAAUUGCACAGGCCUGUGAUUUUUCUUGGAGCAGUGUUCUUUGCUGUUAUCCAGUAUAAACUAAGUUCCUUUUUUUCUUUUAGAUGAUUUUGAAUCAAGAUUUCAAUUUAAUACCGAUCUGCCACCACCAGAACCUUUUGUAGACACAGCAAAAACAUAUCCUAGUAAAAAUCCCAAGAAGACUGGUAAGUUUUCCUUUGUUUCAUGAUGUAAUGUUUCACACUGCAUAGUUUGUUUUCUUUUUUUCAAGUUUAAAACACCAAAGCAGACAAGUGGCUUUAGACUUUGUGAACACAGACUGCAUAUUUAUUAAAAAAUAAUUAUUUGAAACAAUAAACAAAUUUUUCGGAAAGUUUUCAAAAUUCUUUUGAUAAAUUUCCGAAAAAUCAGUUUAUUGUUUCAGUGCAGGUUCUUCCUUGAGUGUCCAUCUGAUGGGGGAAUCUGAAGACUUAAGACCAUGUGGACCCAAAUCAGAAAAAUACUUGAGUGUACCCCUUGAGCGUGAUGUUAUUUUAACUUCAGGGUCUGUGAAGGAAAUUAUAAGGUUUGACCAUUGAAUUGACCUCACCCCAGUAAUCAUUUGCAUUUGCUUUGUUCAGUUGUUCAAAAAUGAAUUGUAGGAUUUACUUUUGACUUGACAAUAUUCCUUUUCUCCCUCAGCCUCAGGCAGUACAAAAGCCUCUGGGAACCCCAGUGGAAACCGAGCAAGUGGACCCCCACCUAGGGCUACUCCCCCACCUCCUCCACCAUCAAGAGGGGCUCCACCUCCUCCACCCCCUCCUCCGAGGAGAUAGGACUUUCAUCAAUGCUUAUUAGUAAUUUCUAGGAGAAAAAAAUUUUUUAAAUUGGUGCAGAUCUUCAAGACCAUAUACUUGGUGGUAUUUGUAUACAAGAAGACUUUUUGUAGUCUACUAACUUCAAAACCUCAUAGUUUGCCGAGGUUGGAGAAAUUUGUGACAAAGGAUCCAAUAUAUAUAUAGAUAACUCAUGUGAGAAUGGUGAUAAAAGUUAUGUUUUCUUUAAAUCAAAAACUGGGUACAUCAGUGAGUGCACCCUUAAUUAUACAGAGUAGCAGUUCCUUGCCUUGCUAAAUGCUGUGCAGAAAAGUAAAUAUCGCACUGAAAAGUGCAUGACAUCUAUUCCUGAAGGGACUAGUACAGUGAUUGGGUUAUGAUACGCUAGUGUCACAUGAUUCUAUGAAAAAUAUUAAGAAGAAAAUGCUAUGCAAUAAUAAUUAAUAAUAAUUUUUUGUGUAAUUAUCAUUUUAGAAAUGAAAGACACUCUCUUGUAAAGCCACAUCACAAAUAAAUUUUAAAUGUCUUUGCAGUAGGCACAUUUUUUUCUGUAUAAUUAGUUCAAGACUGGAAAAUUCUGAUUUUUUGUAAAUAAACAUAAUGGUUUGGUGUGGUUCCAUAUUGCUGUGAAUAGAAAGCUGUCACUUCAGGACCGGGCUGUUUAAGGCUGGGUCAAGAUAACCCAUGGUUAGUGCAAAAUUUGAAAUCAGAUUUGUCUACAAUUUUAUGGAGAGUAGAUAAUCUUAAGAGAAUAGAGAAAAUUAUCCAGGAAAAUGCUUUCGAAUGAAAGAAAAGCGAACCUGGAUUUAAAUUCAUGAAAUUCAUUUAAUAUUUCCACGUAACCCAUUUUGGAAUUUUAUAUUGCAAUCAGUGGUGAUUGAAAUUAAUGAACAUAUUAUUUUCAAAUUUCAACUGGCUUUAAACUAGGAGCGUUUGAUUGACCCCAUUCCAUAAUAAAAAUAAAGCCC